CUCUCACCAACACGAAUCAGCCCGCCUGAGCACGUGUUGAACGGCACCAUGGACUCACAUACUCAUUAGGCGGACUGAAAAGGUCCUUUGAUUUUUUUUUAACUGAAGAAAGUAUGGAAGAAAUAACAUUUUGUUUAGAAUCAAAUGAUGAAUGGGUGCAAGAAGAGGGAAUCUUAAAAGUGUGCGAAAAGCUGAAAAAGGCUGGCCUUGGAGCUUCUGAGGCAGCCGAGUUCCGGGAGCUGACUGCCCUGCUGACCGGCAGCCGUCCGUCGACCGGUCGGCUCGCCGCUCGGGGUGUGGCGCUGCUCGUGGUCGAGGGCACCGUGCCACUGGCGGACGCUCUGCGGUCAGCCCUCUCCUCGGUGGCAGUGGGAGGCAGCUGCGGUGAUGCUCUGGUGUGGCUGGUGACAGAGCUGCUGCAGACAGCCCUGCAGGCAGCUGCGGGCGGCCAGAAGGCCCUCCCGUCUCUAAGUUCAGCUCAGCACCCGCACGUGACGCUGCUGCGCGCGCUGCCUCAGCACAGCCACCAGGUUGGUGCGGAGCUGGAGAGGCUGCUGCUGGCUGAUGACAGUCCACAGUACUGCGGCGUGGCGCUGGAGUACGUCACGCCGUUUCUGUGGGCGUGUUGCGGUCCGCAGACGCCAUCCCAUCUCCGUGCCCGGCUGGUGUCUGCCCUGUGUCGCCAGGCGCGCCUCAGUCGCACCCCGCUGCCCAUCCACCGGGCGCUGCAGCUGCUCUCCAGGGUCCAGGUGCCGCCCGCUCAGCUGUGCUGGGAACUACCCCCGCUCUGUCGCAGACUGGUGGAGUUUGCCGAGGAGAUCAACGACCGAGCGCUGCUCCGCUCGCUGACGCCGCUCACUGUUCACUGUCUGCAGCUGCAGGUCUCCGAGGGCUUAUGUGACGUCUCGCCGGCACUGUCCGAGGUCACCAGACUCCUGGAGCUCGGUGUGAGUGGAGACGUGGAACUGGUGCUGCUCUCAGACACCAUCGCUCGGUCCUCGGCACUGUCCAUCAGAGACGGGAAGCUGAUUGGUGCAGUGUGCCGGCUGCUGGAGGGCGGCCGGUACAGCCCGCACGUGGCCGCGCUGCUGGUCCCUCCGCUGCUGCGGGCCGUCUCGCUGCUGCCCGGUCUCACGUCGCUGGUGGAGCCUCUGCUGGCUCUGCUGGCUGCCGGGCCGAGCGGUGCUGCCGGUCGGCUCCAGGAGGCCGCCUACUGGCCGGCGGUGGCCGAUAUCAGUCCCGACCUCUGCCGGGCCGCCCUGCUCGCCGACACACUGGCCGCAAACGAGGAGCUGCAGCGAAGCUGGCUGAACCAUCUGGAGGUGACGCUGUCUCGCUCCGAGCCGGAUGCCUUCUCUGAGCGUGCAGCCCUGGCGCUGAUCGUCUGCACUAGCAGUUCGCCGUCCGUCCGCGGGGCGGCGCUGCGCGCUGCUCUGGCGGCUGUGCGCCAGCGGCCUGGACUCGCUGUGGAGCUUUUCUACUGUAUCAUAUACCGUCUGAAGGUGGAGACGGACCCGGAGAUGGUUAUGACGCUGCUGCGCGCCCUCCCUGAGCUGGCUGUCAGCAAGGCUGUGGUGCCUCCCCUGGUCCGGCUGCUCACCGGACUGGUGACGUCUGACGGUGGCCGCGGCCCGCUGGCGGCCGACGCCGUCCGUCUCUUGGCCGCCGUGUGGCGCCGCGAGGAGCGCUGCCUGCCCUACCUGCUCUCCGUGCUGAAGAUGGAGGGCCCGCUGACCGCCCAGUCGUCCCGCCUACUCCUGGCCAGACUGGCUGCCAUCGCUGAUAUCUGUACACAUAGCCCGACGUCCGGCAAGGACCAGCUGUCGGCUUUGUCUCGGGUGCUGACCGAGCUGACGACGCCAGAGAGUGGAGCUGCCUGCAGUCUGGCACUGACCGGCAUCUCAGCGCUCUGUCAGGCAGAGGUACUCGAUGUACGCACCACGUGGCGCAUCCUGGCACCGAAACUGAGACAGGAACGACGGACGCCCGUCUUGGCACGAUACAUGGACUUCCUAGCACUGGUACCCCAGCUACACGUGCCAAGUGAGGAAUACGAAGCCUUCACCCUGGAAGUAUCGACCGUUCUGUGGCAGCAGGUCACUGGUAAGCGGCCACCUGCCGUGGUACGCGCCGCACUCCGUGCUUUGUCUUUCUACAAACCCGGCUCCUUUACCCUGCGAAUGCUGCCGGCCGCCGCCAAAGUGGGACUCGUCGUGCCGGCCAAGCUGAUCGCCACGCCGGCUGACGCGGCGCGCUCGCCGGAGGAGCUGAUGCCGUACGUACCGGGCGACUGCUACACGCGCCUGCUGACCCACCUGCUCCCGGAGCUGAUGGAGGAGUAUGGUCACACGCUGACCGGCCUGGUGGGCUGCGAGAUCAAGCUGAUCGGUCGCGGGGUGUACUUCACGGCCAAGGAAAAGGCGCGGAGGGAGGGCGGCGAGCCUUCCUCACUGGCCUACCUGGAGCCGGCGAGUAUCGUCAGGGCUCUGGUGGCCUACCUGCAGACGGCAGCCGGCGGCUCGGAGGGCGGGGAGGCUGUGCUGGCGGCCGGGCCCGCCCCGCCGGCAGCGCUGGCCGCCUGUCUGUGGCCGCUGGCCGCUGAUCUUGGCCACGCGCUGCCGCCGCUAAAUCUCUCCUUUCUUCUGCGGCUGGCGGAGCGCGGCGGGCCGGUGGCGGCGCUCUGCGUGGAGGCGCUGGCACGCCAUUGCUGCACGCACCCCUCAGCUGCCGACUCGCUGAAGAUUCUGAUGGCCGUCCCACCGAGUGACAACCGUCCGCCGGAGGUCACCGAGGCCCUCCUCAAACACCUGGGUAUGAUCGGACGCGGCGUGCCGCCCGCCGUGCUCAUGCCGUUCGUGCAGCACCAUCUAUCGACGACCCUCGGAACUUCUGGUUCGGAGGCGUGCCGUGUGCUGGCGGCGCUGCGUACGGCGCUCAAAGACGAGCGUCUACACGAGGCGAAUCGGGCGACCAUCGGCCAUGUGAUGGAGGCCAUGGCCGACGACAUCAACCCGGAACAGACGGAGGUAUUCACGGCGUUCCUGGAGGGUAUCUCGGAGCUGCCCACGUCUCACCUGGAACGGCUGAGCUCGCCGUCCCUCUGGUGGUCAGUCGAGAAGGCCAAACUUGUCGUGGCGGCCGCCGUGCGGAGCCACAUGUCCUGUCUGGGCGAGGGAGACAGCCCCAUGGUCUGGAUGAAUGAUAUCAUCGAUGCUGCGGGCAGCGCUGGUCUGGGAGCGGACGUGGAGUCGGAGGUGUGCCGCGCGCUGGCCGGCUGCUGCGGCCACUCCUCUGCUCCCGACUGGCUGCUGGAGCUGCUGUUCAGGCUGCGGGCCGUCCAGACGGGCCGGGUGGACUGCGACACCGCCAAACCAGGACAGGUGCUGGGCUGGCUGGCCGACGUGCUGGCCUGUGCCGUGCUGCUCUGGUCGCCGUUGACUCUCACCUCCUCCCCCACCUCUCUGGCCUCGUCGGCCUCUGCGCGGACGCGCCUGUUCCCCGCCGCGGCCCGGCUGCUGCUCAGCCAGCCCCGGUGGCGGCCCGUACUGAAACAGGUGUACGGCUGGCUGCAGCGGCUGCAGGAUGAGCCGUCGGUGUCAGACCGACUGAGGCUGCCACUGCUGCUGCCGCUGCUCCAGCCGGCCGCCUGAGACUGAAGCGACGCGGUGGAGACGGUUCCUGGCGCGGCAGAGACUGUCUGGCGCACUAUGACAUAACGAUGACGGUCCUCAGCGUACGGUGAAACCGGGUGGCUUGGCGUUAUGAAAGCUUCCACUGCUGUGAUCUGAUUGUUGGUUAUGUUGGCUGACUGGACUGUUGAUGGAUAAUAUAUGUUUCGUGAUGUGAU